AUUUUUAUAUGGUGAAAAUGGCACAUGCCUCGUUACCGAAUAUUAUUUGUAAACCGAUAAAUACUACUAGAAUGUGUCCCACGGAUUUUAAUACUACCAUAUCCGAUGUGUUACAAUCGGAACCGGUGAAAAGGUUGUUCAAUCAACCGAAUAUUAUCAUUAAAGCGAUUCCCAUAAAAAUAGAAACAAGUUCUGCCUCGAAUAAAAAUGUCCCUGUGAACAAAACAAAUAAUAUAGGUUCAAAUUUAAGUAAACCAAAGCAAUCAGAGUUAUCUGUAAUCCCCUUACAGAUAGAUCAAGAAGGGAACAUAGAAGAUGAAAAUUUAUUGCCUUCGAAGAAACAAGGUAAAUCAGAAAUUACACUAGUGCCUAUUAAAAAGGAAAAGAAACCUUGCGGUCAUUAUGAAUCUUGCGAGAACAUUGUAUGUGAUGUGGCGGUACAACAAUAUGCGGAUCAUGACGGAUUAUCACCUAUGUUAGCCUUUAACAUAGAAGACAAUGAAAUAAGUGCACCUGUUUCCAAACAUUGUGCAAAUGCAAAGUGUGAUGCGUUAAGCAUCGAUCAUGAUCGUUGUCGUAGAGCUGUGAUAAGACUGAACAGAUGCAAUCAGUCGACAGCUUGUGAUAUUUGUGGUAUUGCAUUGAAAACACAAAGAUCUCGAGUGCAUCACAAGAACUGUAAAAGAAGGACUGAAUACAGACAUAACGAAAUAAACGGUGCUCAAAUACUAAAAGAAAGGAUGAGAGAAAGAGAAAUUCAAAUGAUAGAAGCUUCUAAAGCAAAAAAAAAUGAUUACAUGGAUCCGGUUACAGGCUACAAUCUUGCAAUGGAAACAUUGAAAAAUAAUGAAGAAUUAAUUAUUAUUCCAAAAUCAGUUCCUCAACAACAACAACAACAACAACAACAGCAACCCACAAUUAGUAUAACUUCUGUGUCUACAAAUCAAUCUACUUUACAAAUUAAUAAUGGACGUAAUGUUUUUGGAAAAUUUUUACCUACCUUCCCAAUUGUAGUACCACAACAAAGUAUAGUCCUUGGCAAAACACAGUGUUUUAAUGAAAAUAGUAUAACUGCUCCCAUACAAGUAGCUUUAUCCAAUUCUUUAAAUGGACCACUUAUAACAACAAGCAGUACAGUUCCUCAAAGUCCAUAUGUCACCUUUACAGCACAAUCUAAUACACACCAGAUACAAGUCAACGAUUUACUCUUGCCACAGUCGCAAAUUGUGACAACACCCAUUCAACCUAAACCAUUGUUAACACCUAUACGUGUUGUACCUAUAACUAACUUGAUAACACAACCAUCCUUACUACACCAAAUACAGGGUAUACCAAAGUUUUGUAUCAUGCCAGACAAUACAGUACCACCAUUAACCAUAACAAGUCCCCAACCUAUUCAACCAGCAACACCUGUGCCAAAGGUUGACAUCCCAAGUGAACAAAUUGAAGCAACACCACAGAAAAAGAAAAAAGAAAAAUCAAAGAAAAAACGGAAACUUAAAAAAAAGGAUCUCAAAUGUAACUAUUGCCUGAAAAGUUUCAGUACAGAUUGGUACUUCAAAAUGCAUGUUGCCAUGCACGAGGGUGAAAAACGAUUUUGCUGUAAAAUAUGUUAUCAGACGUGUAGUAACAGGUAUGAUUUGAAAACACAUAUGUUAGAGGAGCAUAAAAAAGAAAGUAUUCCUAGUACUCCUAGCAUAUGUGACCAGCAAGCAACUGAAAAUUCCCAGGCAAAGGUAAACCUUGACCUACAUCAAGAAGUAGAAAAAGAGGAUAACAAAACAAAUGGAUAUGUUUGUUUGCCUAAUCAAGAUAUUGUCACUAAGACAGAACUGUGUCAUGAAGUAUAA